AGUACCCGUUUUUGAGACGACACGCUCCCGCCCCCUCUCCCUUAAUUUGAAGCUCAGUUUCUCGUCUUGCUCCGCUACCAAUUUGAAUUUAUUACCCUGCUCUAGAUCAAAAAUAUAUCUCGCUCUUGUUAGCAGCAAGAACAAAUCACAUGAUCGUCAUCGUCAUGAGGAUUGUGGUCAAAGCUUUUCCACCUUUCGUUCCACUUGUGCGGUCAUACUUCAUCUAAUUUCGAUUUUCCCCCUCUAUCAUCCAAUUGCGAUUUUCAAGAAGAAAUCACAAAUAUACCUUCUAAAAAAUGUAAAUGUCAACUAUGUGCCGAGAAAGACAAAGAGGUAGAUAACGUUUUUUUCAUGCCACUAGCAUUGACUCCGAGCGGACACAGCAGGGUCUUGCUCCUGUUGUUGUCGUUCUUGUUCCGACUUUCUUGCAGAUAACUCGUCGCGCUGAAAGACCUUCCCCCGCUUCGUGAAGAAAUGGCUGCCGAGUGGGAGUGGGACUUGUUUCGCCUCGCGGAUGCUCUUCGCGUCGAAGUCGGAAAGCCCGAGUCCGAAGGGGAAGGGCUCUCGCAGAUGACUAGCUACGCAGUCACCGUCUUUUUACUUCGAAGCAACGCUUCGCGUAACUCCCUUGAAACCAGUGCGACGGCAAAACGAGUGCUGGGGAUAGACGAAAAUCAAUUCCAUGGACAAGUCGCAAUAAACCCAAGGGCACAUCAAGUAGAGGAUGCUUGGUCGAUGAAGUUGUUGAGCGGAUCAGCGUACUACACUACCUCCGCCACAGCUACAGCAGGAGACCACGGAGGUGCUAGUGACAAUGCCCAGAAAAUCGCCGAGGUGCGUCGUUUUUACCACGACCUUGUCUGGUUGUGGGAACAACUGCAGAAAAGGUUUCCCUUCUGGAUAAUGCCAGCCUUACCGGGAAAGUCGAUAGUUUCCACUUUCACAGACGAAGAAAAGCUACUGGCGAGAGAUAUGAUCCGGGAAAAGAGCUCGAGCUAUAAUUCUCCGUCUCCUCAUCAUUAAUCCUCAGUAUCAAUCUGUUUGGGAACUUUUUUUCGAUGAUGAACCCAGCUAUGUAUUGUACAAACGGGAUAUUCGAAGAACGGAAAAGAACAAGAAGUGGCAUCAUGUUGUGCAUUAUGAUUAGUAAUAAUUUAGUGUUUGCGUUGGGGUUGUAGUUGUGAAACAUGUGCUGCAGCUAUUGCGAAAUCUAAAGCUAAAGGAACCGAAGAGCUCCUGCUUCCACCAGCAGAAUUUCAAUUCGGGUUUGUUUUUGAGUUGUGAAGUAGAUAUGGUCAAUCACCUUCAUCGGUAAGUAUUUUCUUCCGUAGCGGCCGUCUAUUGUUGUCGCUUUACUUGGAUGAGGAGACGAGAACACAGCUGGUUUGUUUUUUCGAUACGCGCGCAGUGGUAUGCCGACGCCUUGAACCAGCUCGCAUCGGAGCAUUUCUUCAGCGACUUGCGAACGGAGCGCUUUGUUUUUGAAUGGCUUUGCCUUCCAAAGUUCGCUACUGUACAACGCAACUUUCCACGUCUUGCCGCCGUUCCGACCAGUAUCACGACUGCCGGGGGGACUCUACAUGCCCAUUCUAGCAACCCAAAUUUAGCUCCAGAGGACGCUGAAAUAAAAGCAGGUCGAGCGAGCGCGCCAUCACCCGCGGAGCUGCCAACAGCAGCUCGUCCUCCUGCCUUCUCCGUUAAUAGUACAACCGGAAGCACUUUGCAAACGCUUUUGCGAAAGGCACACUCCGAAAGUCGUGCGUUCGGCCUCGGGUUGAAGCUUUCUCAGGUCGCCCGUAGUGUGUCAGCCUAUGUCGGCACCAAUUUUCUACCUACGAACCGGGCCGCCGCGCGGAGGUCCAGCACCUCCACAACAUCGUCGUCGACGAUGACAGCUGCAGUGUCGUCAAGUAGCGGUGGACCAUUUUUAGCGGGUGUAGACCGGGACGACCGUGGUCGCGGCUCAUCCACGACGUCCUCGCCGGCAAAAGCAACAGAAUCGCAGCAAGCAGUGGGUGCACGAGCAACCGUGUCUCCCGUCCCUAAUUCGAACGAUCAGGAAGAGAACAACUCGUCCUGCGAUAGAAAUGAUCAUAGUAAAACGACCACGCCAGCAGGAACGCCCGCCUCGGGAGAUGGGGCGCUUUGUGAUAGUGACCACGUUGUGUGCAACAGCGACCCGGUUGUAGACCAACUCGAGGACGAUCAUUAUGGGGACCAGCUGACCAAUUCUCGAAAGGCCGAAGUCUGGCUCCAGCGUGUUCGCGCCCGGUUCGCGCUCGAAGCACGGUGGUUGACGGACACCAAGCAGAGACUUGAACGAGCGCUCCACCACCUGCGCGCUGGCGUAGCUCGCUUGCUGGAAUGGCGUGACGCUCAAACGGAGGUUGGACUUUUACUCGAUAGCUUGCCGAUGAGUCUCGGGACCGUUCACGCGGGGAACCGGUACCUGCAAGAGGUGGAAAGAUUAGUGCUGUACCCGUUGGAGCGCCUCCUUCGUUCGUUACUGAACGCGCAAGACACACUUCGUCGGCGAAACGCAAUCGUGAGCCAGAUUCUCGAAGCCACCGAGGUGUUGUCGGCGAAAUCUGCCAAGCUGAAAAAAAAGAAGGCACUCGCCGCUGCGUCUUCUACUAGGAAGAACACGACUGGCGGUGCUGCCUCCACCUCUUCGGUAUCGGCCUCGUCGUCGUCGUCAUCCGCAGCAGGAGAUACGCUUCUGACGCCUCCCACAAUUAUGGAUGAAUGCGGAGCUGAGUUUAAAGAAGAGGAAGACGAGCUGCGCCUCUGGGUGUCGGCGAUCGAGGAGGAAAGCCAAAUGCUCACGACCCUGGAUGAUCUCCUGGAGGCGGAGAUGACGCGUUUUCAGGCUUGGGCACAACAGACUAUGCAGCCAUGCGUAAAGAAUUGGGAAACGACGCUGCGCACUUUCGGCCAAGGUCUAGACGCAGCUACUGUUUCCGCACCUGCUAAACUACCCAUGGGCGUCGUAAGCACCUCAUGA